AUGGUGGCUUAUAAUACAAGCGCUCGGGAGUAUAUACCGUUACAGAACCUUGAUAUGGAAGAAGGGAUCACGGAGAACCGAGAUACGGGGACUUUAGGGGUGGAGAAUGAUACCGUGACAAGAAUUACUGGUGGAGGCGACUCAAAUGCUGUUCGUUGUGGAGAUAAUGAAGAUCACGAUAACGAUAGCACCGGACAGGAAACACCGGACUUUAAUGAUUUCGAUGCUUUGGAGCCAUAUUUUGACACCUCGCCGUUGGGAAAGCUAAGAAAAUUCUUUUAUUUUGCAUGGAAUGGGCCUCGUGAUCCACGGGAUGAUCCUCCGCCGAAAAUUCAACCAUUAAUAUGGUUCGAAAAACUCCCUAAUAGAUUACUGCAAUCUAUUCUGAAGAAAUUACGAGUGUCUCUUGUUGUUGUGUACUUGACACUUUGGUUUAUGACCAUAUACAGCAUUGUGAUACCUUACUAUCUGCAUCCUACACUGCUCACAACCGACACCAGCGUCAAGGUAAUAGCCUUAUCUUGCCAGUCACUGCUGCAAUUUUGGAAAGGUAAAAACGGAGCAUGUGGACUUAACGGCGAGCAAUGUCCAUCUUUUCUCACUGAAGAAGAUGUGAUAUUUAGGUGCCCUGCUCUUUGUGAUAGAGGAAGCUGGACUUACUCUUUAAUACCCAUUGGGGACCAACGUAUCAAGCACAGGGGUUACUUUGUUGGAGGAGGAAAGAGCAACGAGCAGAAAUAUAGCCCAGAUCAGAUAUCCAAUCCUUAUAGAGCAGAUUCGUAUCCUUGUGGAGCCGGAGUGCACGCUGGAAUAAUCUCUCCAUUUUCUGGAGGAUGUGCCAGAAUAUCGUAUUCCAGUGGUGGUCAGCCGUAUUUCAAGAGUACCAAAGGAUCAUAUGGCGUGAGUGAUUCCAUCGAGUUUGUGUCGUAUUUUCCAUCCUCCUUCUUCUUCAAAAAAUUGCAUCUCAGUGGUGGACCUUCAGCCAGUGGAACCUUUAACCAAUGUUACGAUCCGAGACUUUUGGUACUUGUGUUAAACAUAAUUUUGGGACUUCCGAUAGUCUACCUUGUUGGUGGAAUUGUGUCUUUCUGGGUUACCAAUAUUGUUGGAUUCUGGACAAUUAUUCUAGCCACUGAUCCGCCAUACACCGUUGAUGCUUCAGAUCCCGAAACGUUUGCUUCUUUAUUAUCGAUUGGUUUGGAACGAUUCUUACCUUCCUGCUUUGUUCUAUAUGUCCUUUGGAGCUGCUCCACCAAAAGAGCAUUGAAAAGAACAGAAGAUAGCAGCCCUCUUUGGGAGGUAAUACUUUGGUAUCCACUCUUUUGGCUUGGUGUGAUCAACAAUAUGACAUUUGAUCGGCUCCCCGUUGACCGCUUAACGCUUUCUGAUCUUCGUGAGCAGUCAGGAGCAUUAUUGGCCGUUCUGGCCAUCAUAACCACCAUUCUCAUCUGCGCGGUAAUUCAGGCUUACAAGAUAUGGCUUUCUGGUAGAUUUCGCAAGUACCUAGCCAUAUAUGGCUCCUUCGUUAUGGGUCUUAUACUACUAAGCUCCAUUCCCAACCUCACACUUCGGAUCCAUCAUUACAUUUUGGCGAUGCUUCUUCUUCCUGGUUGUGCGACAAGAGGACGAACUGCGAUAGCCUUCCAGGGUAUUUUACUUGGUCUAUUUCUCUCAGGAUCUGCUAGAUGGGGAUUUGCUGCUAUUGCCGAGACAGUCUCAUCGUUACGGAGAGACGAUCCUUCUGGGGAUAUCAAACCUCCAACAUUUGUUGGGUUCAAUCUGGAAACCGGUAUUUUGACCUGGAAAAAUGCUACUGACUUGAGCGCCAAAUAUAACGGGAUUUCCCUUCUUGUGAACGAUAUAGAACGAUAUGUGGGCGAAUGGUCCACCUCGGUCAACUUGACCAAGAUUAUAACAUCCAACCGUGAGUUGAGCUCCGGAAUUGAAUUGGCACUUGCACUGUCAAAGAAGAAAGCCAUUCCUCUCUACUUGCGAAUGGGUCUCGUGAGUCUUGAAAAAAACCAUUAUGGCGAUUAUACGAAUGCCGCAGUGCUCCAGUGGCCGUCUGGAGACCUCAAACUACCCGUGCCGGGUCUCACAUAG